AUGUCGAAAGCAGCUACAACGAAACACAAUAGAGCUGCAAAAGGAAGGACAAUUUCAGUUGGUUUAUUCGAUCUUCUUAAUCAAGCUUUAUCCGAAUUUAUCCAUACUGAACAUAUAAAUCCACAAACUUACACUGCAGCAAUUGAUGCAUCAAUUGCAAACAAGAAAUCUCAUCCAGGAGCUGUAGAUCCAGUAAUUUUCGCCUUCUCACCUGUUUCUAGUCCUCCUGCUGGAAUUUUACUUAAAUAUGUCGAACUUCUUAAAGCACGCUAUAUUCGAAAUCUCGCACAAAUUUUUGCUUCAAAUGCUUCAGACUUUGCACGAUUUCAUCGCUUUUUUUCAAAGCAGGCAAUCCAAACUCCAGAAUUAUUUGAUUUUCUUUCGAGUUUGGCUUUAACUGCUGCAGAAACGGAGCCACAAAACUUAGCAACACUUUUCAUGAAAUACGGUUUUGAUUUAUAUAGCCCUCAAUUAAGCAACAAAGAACUUCUUUCACCAAUUGUAAAAUUAAUCUUCGCCCAUACAGAAUCUGAUGAAGCUUCACGCGAUGCAAGAGUUUCAAAGAUAUUAGAUUGCAUCUCAGAUGAAGAAUCUCGCUAUGUUGUCCUCGCACAUACAGUUAUGGAGGAAAGAAUUUUCUCAUCACGACUAUGCGAUUUAUAUUCUUCAUAUAUUGAGAGUGGUCUUAAAGAAUCAGACUAUCAACCAUACGCUGUUCAUAUCUUACGUUAUAUUUCUCCAAUUAGAGGCGAUUUAAUUCAAACUUAUUUACCAACUAUUGCAGAAUUUGUUGAUGAUAAGAGGCCAAUUAUGCAGGCUGCUCUUGUACAGCUUUUAAUUGACGCAUCUCAAGAAGCUUUACUUACACAGAUUAUUGAAAAUACAGAUCGCAUUGAAAUUCUCUCAUUAGCACUCCAUUUAGUUUCAGAACUCGGUUCAAUAUCAUCUACAUUACUUAUUUCAUUAUUUAAGAAGAUUGGAGCCGAUAAUAUUUAUCAAGUUUGCACAGAAAGAUGUACCGUUGAAACCCCUGUUGGCGCACUUCAAUUAGGCAGACUUACUAAUACUUGGAAUAUCGCUGCAGUUAACUCAACUGUUAUUCAGCAUAUUCAGUCCAUUCCUCUUAACCAAUGGGAUGUUGAAUUCGCUCUUUGCAAGUUACUCCUCAAGCAGCCUAUGGAUUCUACAUCCGCACAGAUCUGGAAACAACUCUUUAGCUCAUUAACUCCUCAAUUUGGAGAUUUGAUGAGAGAUGAAGAGAUGUCAGAAACUAUUUUCGAUAUUGUUAGCUUUUAUCUUGUUGCCACUCUUGAUAUUGAGUUCUUCGAGAAGCUUCAGCCUUAUCUUGAACCUGUAGUAACUGUUGCAAAGGAAAAAUGCAAAGUUGCUGGCACAAAGUUCUUGACAAAAGCUGCAGAGCUUGGCCCGAAGUUCAAACAUAUUGUCUCUACUCUUAUAUUGGUUUAA